UAGACAAUUUGAGCUAGCAAAUUCUACCACUCUCGAUUAGAGUGCGUGCUUUGGAAGUAGGCGGUCUUUGACCCAUUGCUCGCUGUACUUUGAUAUGUGUUCGGCUCAGUUGUAGAGUCAGUAGAGGACAACUGGGCUGUGCGGAGGAUUUAUGUGUUUGACAAUGUGAGUUAAUCUAUGGAAAACUAAAACCGAAAUUAUAGUCUACAGAAAAACUAGACCUACACUUUGAGGUUCACAGACAGACGACUACAUACUCAAACAUUUGGUCCUGAGGCCUGAGUGCCAUGCCAGAGGAGUCCCACAGUGCUCUCCAUAAGGGCCCAAUGGGGGAAGAAUCUCCUCGGUUGUACUCUGCCCUCUCCAUCAGUGGUGGCCAUGAGCGACAAGACGGCUACAGCCGGCUCUGUGCUGACCCCUCAGCGGGAGAGGCUGAGCGUCCAGUGAGCCUGGUGUCCACUCUGUCCUCAGUCUCCUCCCAGGGCAGCCACUGCCUCUACGGCAGUACCUCAGCCCUCCCCUCCACACCACCUCCCCCCAGUGGAGCGGACAUUGACCUGGAGCUCAGCCCUGCAGAGGGAGCCAGGGAGCAGCCACAGAUCAAGACGCAGGGCCUCAGCCAGGGGGGGACCAGAGACAAGUGGCUGAACCACAGUCAGACCAGGUCCCAGUGCAACAACAACGCCACCACCAAGAGGAGGACUAAUGCACCUCAGACCCAUACCUCACCCUUUGCCACUGAAGCCAUGGCGCCCAAACCUAAGCUCAGCUACGUGGACCAUGUAGUCAUGGAGAUAAUUGAGACGGAGCGCAUGUAUGUCAGGGACCUUCGCAGCAUCGUGGAGGAUUACCUGGCUCACAUCAUAGACAUGGACAACCUUCCCAUUCGUCCAGACCAGGUUUCUUCCCUGUUUGGGAAUAUAGAGGACAUAUAUGAGUUCAACAGUGAGCUGCUGCAGUCUCUGGACAUGUGUGAGAAUGACCCGGUUGCUGUGGCCAGUUGCUUCGUAGACAAAAGUGACGCUUUUGAAAUCUAUACACAGUACUGCACAAACUACCCCAACUCUGUGGGUACACUGACCGACUGCAUGAGGAGUACGACUCUGGCCAAGUUCUUCAGGGAUCGCCAGGCCUUCCUCAAGCGUUCUCUCCCCCUGGGGUCCUACCUGCUCAAACCUGUCCAGAGGAUCCUCAAAUACCACCUACUUCUGCAGGAGAUCGCCAAGCACUUUGACCCUGAGAAGGAGGGCUAUGAGGUGGUGCAGGAGGCCAUUGACACCAUGACCGGGGUGGCCUGGUACAUCAAUGACAUGAAGAGGAAACAUGAGCACGCUGUCAGGCUGCAGGAGAUCCAGUCUCUCCUGAUCAACUGGAAGGGUCCUGACCUCACUACGUAUGGAGAGCUGGUGCUGGAGGGAACCUUCCAGGUCCAACGUGCCAAGAACACCAGGAUGCUGUUCCUCUUUGACAAGAUGCUCCUCAUCACCAAAAAGAGAGGAGAGCACUAUGUCUACAAGACACACAUAUUGUGCUCAACCCUGAUGCUGCUUGACAGCGCCAAGGACCCCCUGCACUUCAGUGUGAUACACUUCAAGCAUCCCAAGCAGCCUCACACUGUGCAGGCCAAGACUGUAGAGGAGAAGCGCCUCUGGGCUCAUCAUAUCAAGAAACUGAUUCUAGAGAACCACCACACCAUUGUCCCACAGAAGGUAAAAGAGGCCAUCCUCGAAAUGGAUUCUCUCUACCCAGGGUCGGGGAAGUACCGCUACAGCCCAGAGAGGCUGAAGAAGGCUGGAUACUGCCGGGCUGAAGACCUUUCCGCAGAGGGGAGACCCGGGCGCAGGACAUCAGCCAUUCUGAAGCUACAGCACACAGACAGUGAAGGUGUUCUUCUGGGGGACAGGCGUUCCCUGCAGCCAACUGCUAGUGUCAGUAUGCUGGGCUCCAGUCUAGGUGAGGCUGAGAGGCCUGGUGUGCUGGGAGCCCAGGAGAAGAUAGGCUGCGGGAGGGCAUCUCUGGAGCAGUUGAGCCCCAGUGAGGACCCGAAGCCAGGGUCCUUACCCUGCCAGGGGGGCACUGAGCAGCAGGAGGAGGAGAAUGAGGAGGAGAAGGGGGAGAUAAACACAGAUGAUAUUCUGAUGGAGGAUGACCAGGUAGCCGACUUUGCCAGCUCCAAGCUGGCAGCCAUCUCUUGCUGGCACUAUAGGGCCAGGGCUUUACUUUCUGCUCGGUUCACAACGUCAAUGGCAGCAGAGAAGUGGAAGGAAAGGCGGCCAAAGGAGGUGUUGGCUUUGGGGAUGACCAGUGAGCGAUACCUGCUGGAGAGCGUGCUACAGGAUGAAGAACACUAUGAGGUUGUAGUUAAGAAGGGACCACUGGGGGAGAGGAUGGAGACAUCAGCCCAGGAGAUCAGCGAGUUGGCUACAGAGGAGACCUUCACUGACCAGGUGUAUGUGGAGGAGGUUCCUCCUCAAAGCAGUGCUCCUAAGGUAGUAGUGAUGGAACAGAGUGAGGCGAACCCACCCCUAUACACAGAGCCUGAUGCUUCGCCAACUCUGCCUCCCAGACAGCCUGAGACGUCUCCGACACUGGAGCCUGAGAGGGAUAUUGGGGGAGGAGUAGAGGGAAGGUACAGGGCGGGAGGGGAUGAAGAGAAGAGUGACUGCUCUGUCCAACAGGACGAGAUGAACUCAUCAGUGACAAAUGGAGAGUGUUCAGAGUUUGGUGCGGUGCUGGGAACUGAGACCAGCCGCACCCGGCCUGCCUCUGUGUUGGACCAGGGCAGUGUAAUCACUGAGCAUUUUGUCGGCAGCCUGGUGGUCUCAGAGGACCUGUGUUCCCUGGGCUGCCCCUCACCUCAGUUGGGCAGCAAGAGCAGCAGCACACCCUGUCUGAACACCGAGCUCGAGGAGAAGGUCCAGACCCUGGUUAACUCUACCCCAGAGCACCCACUGCUCUUGAAAGGCAACACCUCUACGCCUGCCCCUAGACCAGACCACCUCAUGGAGGUGGAGCGCAGAUCCACUCUCUCCAAGCAGGACCGGAUACUCAUCCACAAGAUCAGGAGGUACUAUGAGCAUGCAGAGCACCAGGAUGCCAGCUUCAGCAUCAAGCGCAGGGAGAGCCUGUCCUAUAUUCCUGCAGGCCUGGUCAGACACCUGAGCCGGCAGCUCAACAGCAAACCCCAGGACCAAGUGGUUCCAGGGCACGGGAAGGUCUCCCCGAACAACCGGCCCACAUCCUGGUCAGUGUUCGACCUUCCUGGCUUAGAAAAAGAGCAGAGGACUAAUAAUACCCCUGUGCUGGAGCCACAAAAAGCUGCAGACAUCAAGCCCAGGUCCCAGAGUGUCAAUGAUGCUCCUGUUGGAGACGAGGAUGAGUUCUUCAGACCGUCCUUGGACAUGGUCCAAGUGUGGCAAGACAUAGAGAUGGAGGAGGUUUAUGGGAGCCUUGGGAAACCCAAGGGUAUCCAGGGUACAGAGGACAAUGUCCAUCCCAGAUCAUUUCUAUCCCGGAAGGGGGGAACCAGCAGAGAGGUCCUUGAAGCUGAGUAUAUCAAGCCCCUGAGGAUCCUGGAGGAGUCAGACAUGGGUGCUGUCUCAGAGGAAUCCCCAUCACCCAUCACAACUUCCCCAGACCCCUUCUCAGGGCAGGAGUCCUGCCAGAAUAAAACUCCCAAGUCCUGGGAGAGAGGCACAGUCAGUAGAUCUCCCCUCCCCAGGAUCAUCAGCCUGCGUUUAGGGGUGGAAGAGGACCAAAUUCUGCAGGAUAUGGAGAAGAUGAAGAACAAGGUUUUCCAACUGGCCCGCCAGUACAGCCAGCGCAUCAAGAACAGCAGGCCCGUGGUGAGGCAGAGAAACAUGGAGGCUGAGAACCACCUUGCCUUUAAGAACCUACCAGCUGUCUAUGAGGAGAAGGUCCAAAGAAGAGACUGGGGUAGGCCUAACCUGACACUGUCACUCAAAUCCUAUGAGCAGGUGGUCGUGCAUGAGCGGAGGACCCCAAGCCCAGUCCCAAGUCUCAACUCUGGGGCUAGCUCACAGGUCACGUCCCCCUGUCCCAACAGUCCUCACAGCCCAGUGCAGACACAGAGUUUCCACUGGCCAGAUGUCCAGGAGCUCCGCUCCAAAUACACUAACCACAGGCUGGACCUUGGUUCCUCCCACCCAUCACCUGUCAGCCAUAGCUGCUCCGUCCCAGAGAGGAUGCAGAGUUGCACUGAGGGCUUCAGUACCUCAUGGAGCCCCGAUGGCUACUCAUCCAGCUGCAACUGCCCCACAGACACUAACAGUGGACUAACAGACUCACUUGAGACUAUGUCAUCCAUGGACCACCAGGUUGGGGGUUCUGUUGGAGAGGCUCAGCCCCAGCUUCCACUUUGCAGGUGGCACUCUUUUGAUCACUUGCUAGGAACACUGCCUCUACAGGAGCUGCAGAACCUUCAGGAGACAAUGAGGAGCUGUUACAUGGCUGGUCAGGCUACCCUGCCCAACGAGCACAAGGUUAUUAUAGUAGAGAGGGUUGCUGGCGAUGGGCCAGAGGAGACUGGAGGGAAGACGAGAGUGGAGGAACAAGGGGCUAAAGGAAAGACCAAACUUAAAAUCUCGAAAAGCCUUGAUUACCAGUACUGUGCCAAGAGAUCUGCACUGACUUCAGGCAAAAAGAUCGAGAGUAGUCUGGUAAAAAACCUUCGAGCAAAAUUCCAGAACUUGGGAUCAAACACAAACACUGUAAAUGCCCUGCCUAUUUGAUCGCUUUCUGUAAAUAAUGAAAUAAGCUUUUUCUUACCUAUAUAUGCAAUUGACGUCGAGGAAUAUGACUAUAAAUACUGUCUAUUAGGCAGUAACUACUGCUACUGUGUCAGGAGUACCAUUUUCAUUUUCUACUUUUUGUCUGUAUUAUCCACCUUCUCACAUCACUCUUUUCUCACUUCUGGUGUUACCUACUAGGGAUAUUGAACAAUCAAGGGCACCCCAUGGGAAAAUAUGUUGUGACUUUGUCAAAUGUGUAAAUAGUUGUAAAUGUGUCUUGUUCUUACACCAUCAUGAAAUGUGUUUACAUAAAGAGAAUGACUAUGUAUAUAAGGAAAAUGGUGUUGAUAAAAAACGUCAGCAUCUUGAAGUAGAUCUGUCCAGAUUACCCUUCUUCUCCCCCCCCCGUGUAACGAUGCAAUGGUCAUCCUCUAUUUGUCAAUCAAUUGUGAGGGUCAUAAGCAAGGAAAUAGUGUAAAGAGAUAUGCGACUUAAUAUAUAAAUGAGAGUAAAUCUGGAAGGCUGGGCCACCAUUUGUAAGUUAUUUAUUGCGGAUUUACAGCCAUUAGGAUUCACUCAAUCCUAUUUGACCUUUGGUCAAAGUGUUUUUCCUUCAGUUGUUUAAAAAUGGGAGAUGUAUGGUCUGUGCUGUCUACUAUUCAGCCAAAUGCGCCACAUUUAGCUACUACUCAAUACUAUGAUUGUUUUCAUACAUCACUGGAGUUGUUUUCUGAUCUAUUUCCUUGUUAUUUAUAAAAUGAUCCUCGUCUUCCUAGACCUUUUCAUUCCAGAAACCGCACAGAAUAAUUUCAUACCUGAAAUGGCAUAUAUGCUCAAUAAAAUCUGAGCUAUUGAAAUUACAAUA